UGCCUGAUGGGGUUUACUCUGGCUGCGGGGAAAUGUGUUUGAAGACAAACACAAUAUAUUGUUAAGAAAUUCAAUUUUUAACUCAUGGAAACUUCUGUUGUCGGUGUAAGAGCAAGACGAAACAGAGUUCAUUCUUCCAAGUAUACUUGGAUGCAUGGUGAAAAGCCGGAAUUGGGAAGCAUAUUACAUGGAAAGCGAAAGGAUGAUGACAAUGCAACAGACUCAAAAUCAGGGUGUUUGCUGACAAAUGUUGAUGAUUUAACUGACUGCAACAUAGAGAAUGAAGAAACCACAAAAGUCGAAGGUAUAACACUUCGCUCUGGUCGAACCACUCCAGUUUCAUUGGUAAUGGCUGGUGAGCAAGAAAAUAAAGUCUCCUUACGAAAUAAAGGAAAGAGGAAAGCAAAGCAGGAAGAUAAUGAGUUUAUUCAAAGCAAGCGAAGAAAUAACAAUGCUUAUGCUGAAAGAGUUACAAAUGCAAAAACCAGAAUGAAAUCAAGUCCAAUGGUGGAAGAAAACAACAAAGUCGCAAAGGGAGUAUUUCAAAGAUUUGUCAUAAAAGUGGUACAAAAUCUGAAUGUAAUAAUUCGAAAACUACAACUGCUAGGAAAAAGGAAGUUGUAAAUAGGGGCAAUUCAAAAAAGGUAAAAAUGUCAGAAAAUUCUGCGAGGAAGAACUCCGAUGUAAGCAAAUCAAAGAAUUUAAAUUUUGGCCCAAAGAAAACAUCUGCCACUGAGAAGCUGAAACUACGUGCAUUUGAUGAGCUGAAAGAGAAGCUGGAAAAAGUGAUUGAUUGUAACUCGAUCACUGUUGCAGAAUGUGCUCAACUACUUCAGAAAAUUACUGUGCCAAACCUCAGCAAAAUAUUCUCUAAUCAACUAGCAUCAGCUGAUAAAAAAUGUUCUGAAUCUCUUGUAGAUGGCUUGGUGGCAAAAAAUAUGCAAGACAUAAAAUCAAAUAACGGCGUUACCUUGGAAAGUCAACUUACACCAUCUGAUCAUACUAUUUUAACACAUGACAAGGAUCAUCUUCAAACAAAAAAAUCUAUUGAAGAGGCCAUAAAUAAUGACAAAACUUUUGCAAAACAGUUUGCUUUGGUCAGUCGUAGUGGAAAUACAACAUCAGCACAAUUAGAUGGGGAUAAUGGUGGAAAUUCAUUGCAGCUUGUUGUAAAUACAUCAAGCUCAUUGCCAGAUAAUUUGCAAGUAUCUUCUUGUGCACCACCAUUGCUAAGUCCAGGUUUGUUGACACAAAGCUUUGGAAUGCCUGUUAGUAGCCAAGCAAACUCGGUUAUAAGUGGCAAAGAUCUUCUUCUAUCAAAUGUUCUUUCUAUAAAUACAUUGCAGUCCUCAUCAAAACAAAAUCAUGCAUCCUUAUUGACAAAUCCUUUAGUGUCUGUGUAUUUUCCAAAUUGUAUAUUACCUUCAAAACAAACAUCUCCAAAAUUAUCACAAUGUGUUCCCCAACCUUCAAAUACUAUUGCUGCACCUAUUCCAUCGCAAGGUGUUCCUCGACUUUCAACAGGAAGUACUGGUCAAAUACCAUUGCAAGGUGUUCCUCAACUGUCAACAGGAAAUACUGGUCAAAUACCAUUGCAAGGUGUUCCUCAACUGUCAACUGGAACUACUGGUCAAAUACCAUUGCAAGGUGUUCCUCAACUGUCAACUGGAACUACUGGUCAAAUACCAUUGCAAGGUGUUCCUCAACUGUCAACAGGAACUACUGGUCAAAUACCAUCGCAAGAUGUUUCUCAACUUUCAACAGGAACUACUGGUCAAAUACCAUUGCAAGGUGUUCCUCAACUGUCAACUGGAACUACUGGUCAAAUACCAUUGCAAGGUGUUCCUCAACUGUCAACUGGAACUACUGGUCAAAUACCAUUGCAAGGUGUUCCUCAACUGUCAACUGGAACUACUGGUCAAAUACCAUUGCAAGGUGUUCCUCAACUGUCAACUGGAACUACUGGUCAAAUACCAUUGCAAGGUGUUCCUCAACUGUCAACUGGAACUACUGGUCAAAUACCAUUGCAAGGUGUUCCUCAACUGUCAACUGGAACUACUGGUCAAAUACCAUUGCAAGGUGUUCCUCAACUGUCAACUGGAACUACUGGUCAAAUACCAUUGCAAGGUGUUCCUCAACUGUCAACUGGAACUACUGGUCAAAUACCAUUGCAAGGUGUUCCUCAACUGUCAACUGGAACUACUGGUCAAAUACCAUUGCAAGGUGUUCCUCAACUGUCAACUGGAACUACUGGUCAAAUACCAUUGCAAGGUGUUCCUCAACUGUCAACUGGAACUACUGGUCAAAUACCAUUGCAAGGUGUUCCUCAACUGUCAACUGGAACUACUGGUCAAAUACCAUUGCAAGGUGUUCAUCAACUGUCAACUGGAACUACUGGUCAAAUACCAUUGCAAGGUCUUCUUCAACUGUCAACAAGCAUCAAUGGUCCUUUACUAUCACAAUAUGCUCCUCAACCAUCUACUAACACAACUGCACCAAUACCAUCACAAUGUGUUCCUCGACAUUCUAUAGGCACUGCUAUUUCAGUACUACCAAAGGGUGUUGCUCUGCCACCAUCAACUGCCUUUAUUGCUUCAACACUAUCACAAGGUAUUCCUCAAACAGUGACUGCCAUCACUGCCCAAAGACUAUCACAAGAUGUUGCUCAUCGACAAUCAAUUGUCACCACUGCUCCAAUACUAUUACAAGGUGUAUCUGGACCAGCAAAUUCAACAAUAUCUUCAAUUCCAUCACAAGGUCAACUAUCAACUGCUACCUCUGCUCCUACACUGUCACAUGGUGUUUUCACUCAACCCUCAAUUACCACCACGUCUCCAACAUUAUCACAUGGUGUUCUCCCUCAAUCAUCAACAAACAUCACCACUUCUUUGAAGGGUAAUAUUCCAAUUGGUCCUGUAUUGAAAGUAAAUGAUCCUUCAGUUAAAAUGAAACAGUUUGCAAUUCAGAUUUCAACACCACCAUCUACAAAUGUAAUCGACAGUAAGCAAUUACUGCAUUCAAAUUCUUCAUCACAAAGCACAGUUGUGAUGAAAACGUCCCAGAAUCAAUCCACAUAUUUAUCAAAUGUUUCACAGGCUCGUAAAUUGCGACCAAUCCUACCGCGGGAACCUUUGGCUAAACCCACUCUGCGACUUUUUAGUCAGCCUCGGGUUAACGUAGCUACUAAUCAAAACGUUGUGAAUAACAACAUUAAACAUCAACUUGACAGCGGGCGGACAAAAAAUAUCAAAGAGUUGCCUUCGAUACAGCCAACAGCUGUAACUCUUCCAGAUAUUGCAAGUUCAUUUAACCAACAGCUUCUCGGUGGAAGCUCCACGGAGAACACAACUAUGGCUCAAAUGCCGAGCAAUAUCGAAAUGACUAUGAAGGAACAAGCAAUUAAGGCUCUACUCAGUAUUGGCAACGAGCAACAGGUUGUUCGUUUGAGACAGGAGGAGAAUGAACCGAGGAGUAAAACUAGUGAACUAAACAAAUCAGAUGAUUCACUAGUUGUCUUUGAUACUGAUAAAGGAAUUUUCAAAGUUGAUAACGUCACUAUCGAUCCACAAGUAAACACUAUUGGAAAAGAAAGUUAUACUUGUGGAAAAUGUGGUAAGAUAUUCACUUCGCUUAGUUACCUAGCACGCCACAUCAAACGCGUGUGUCCAGAUAUGACGCAACGAAAGUGGAAAUGCAAUCAUUGCGAGAAGGCAUUUCGUCAUCCAUUUGGUUUGCAACAACAUGUGUUUACACAUACUGGGGAAAGACCACAUAAAUGUACACAAUGUCCAAAAGCUUUUUACAGUUCCAAUGAUUUACGGAGACAUAGUAGAAUUCACUCAGGUGAACGACCAUACAAAUGCAAACAUUGCGACAAGACUUUUGCAACAACAAUUUCCCUAAAGACGCAUACUUUCAUUCAUACUGGAGAGAAACCGCAUCGUUGUCCUCGCUGCCCGAAGACAUUUGCAACAUCCAGUAAAUUGAGCCGACACGUUGUCACACAUUCUGAACAGCGGCCAUUUCCUUGCGACCAAUGUCCAAAGACAUUCAAUAGAUCAGGUGAUUUAAGAAGACAUGUGCAGAAUAUUCAUGCUGGAAAACUGCCGACAACUGAUGGCCAGAAAUAAAUUAAAAUAUUUUCAUAUUCUCGUCCUUCUUAAUGAAGUAUAUAUUUGUUAUCUUAUAACAAUCAGUAAAGAGUGCUCUCGUGAGGAGCUUUAAAUUCAGUACUUAGUGUAGUUAAUUUUAGUUGUGUAUAUAAAAUAUUGCUGUUGCCUUUUGUGUGGAUGUUGUGUAACAACUGUGUUAUUUAAAUGUUUUGUAACGGCUGUGUUGCGUAAUUGCUCGAGUGUUUUGUAACUGCAGCUGUGUUGUGUGAGUGUUGUGCAACAACUGUGCUGUUUGAAUGUUUUGUAACUGUUGCUGUGUUGUGUGAGUGUUGUUGUGACUGACGUCGCAUUAGUAGAUUUCUACAUUACAAAACUGACUAACGAAUGUUCAAUUUGUAAUAUUUAAUUAAAUUAUAUAAAACCACAGAA